AUGAUUAAAAUUUUAUUUAAUGAUAUUAAUAAUUUAGAAUAUUUAAUUAGGGAUAAUUUUAAAACAUUAACAGAAUGUAAAUCAAUGUUAGAAAUUCAAAAUAUAAAUACUGAAAUUAAAUCAAAUUUAGAACAAUUAGGUCAAUUAUUAAAAGAUGCAAACGAAAAACUUUUUGAAAGAAAUAAUAACACAAUAGAGAUAGAACAAUUUAGAAAAGAAUUAAAAUUUCAUAAAGAAGAAUAUGAAAAUUUAAAAGUUUUACAGAGAAAAGCAAAUUUAGAAACAUCAAAAAACUUACAAGAGAAUUAUAAACAAAAUAAAAAAAUGCUUUUGUCAGGAAGUGAAAAAAUAACGCAACAAUCAAGAUUUUAUUCAUCCCAAAAUUCAAAAUCAGAUAUUUUAAAAACAUCAAUGUCAUUAACAAAUAAACUUCAAAGAACUAGAAACUUUAUGAACUCACAGGUUAGCAGAAGUGAAGAUAUUUUAAAAGAAUUAGAUGAAUCAUCAAAGGUUAUAGAUAAAACAGUACAACAACAAAUAGAAUAUGGUUCAAAGACAACCGAGGCAAAAUCACUAUUGACAAAAUUAAAAAGAAGAGAUAUGACUGAUAAAUUUUUAAUUUAUUUUGGAUUAUUUGUAUUUUUAUUAAGUGUACUAUAUGUAUUUAAAGUUAGAUUUUUUAAAUCAACUCCCUCAAGUAGCAAUAACCAAAAUAUAAGUUAA